GUAAUAAUUACCAAAUGUGCCUGUACCCAAAUAAUUUACCGGGUAAAGUUUUCCUUUCUUCAGGUUUCGGCGGCUCGACCGCCGGAGACGGGAAAUCAUAGCCGCGGUACUGAAAUUUUUGGGACCAAAACCCGACCCGACCCGAUUAGUUACCUAUCUUCCAAGUUAUACUGGGUCGAUCGAUGUACGGUUCCUCCAUUGCCGGGAUGGAGAUUGAUUACAGGAACAAACUUGUCCUUGCCCCAAUGGUCCGAGUUGGCACGCUGCCGUUGAGGAUGCUGGCUGCUGAAUACGGCGCCGACAUCACAUACGGGGAGGAAAUUAUCGAUCACAAGCUCCUCAAAUGCGAGCGACGAAUCAAUGAUGUACUUGGGACUGUUGAUGUGGUGGAGAAAGGAACGGAAAGUGUUGUUUUCCGAACAUGCCCCGAAGAAAGAAGUAGGGUGGUGUUUCAGAUGGGAACUUCGGAUGCUGUCAGGGCUCUCCGUGCUGCCCAAAUUGUGUGUAUGGAUGUUGCUGCGGUGGAUAUAAAUAUGGGUUGCCCCAAGGCGUUUUCUAUUAGUGGUGGAAUGGGUGCGGCAUUAUUGUCUAAACCGGAGCUUAUUCAGGAUAUUCUGACAACAUUGAAAAGGAACCUUGACGUACCAGUAACAUGCAAGAUCCGCCUAUUACAAUCACCCAAAGAAACUGUUGAACUAGCACGCAGAAUUGAGAAAACUGGUGUUUCUGCUCUAGCUGUCCAUGGAAGGAAAGUUGCCGAUAGGCCAAGAGAUCCAGCUAAGUGGAGUGAAAUUGCUGAUGUUGUAGCCGCAGUUUCUAUCCCAGUUAUAGCAAAUGGCGAUGUAUUUGAGUACGAAGAUUUUAAACGCAUUAGAGUCGCAACAGGUGCUUCAUCUGUAAUGGCUGCCAGAGGUGCACUUUGGAAUGCUUCCAUGUUUUCUCCUAAAGGAAAAUUACCAUGGGAAGAUGUCAAAAUCGAGUAUCUUAAGAAGAGCAUCUUAUGGGAUAAUGAUAUGAAGAGCACGAAAUACACGUUGAAGGAAAUGAUAGCCCACUAUUCUUGUCUCGAAUUACCCGAGGGGAAAGCUAUAAACAAGUCUGAUACUUUGGCUGACCUUGCACGACUUUACGAGGAAGACAAGUACUACGAGCACGUUAACAAAAGUCGUGGAAGAAGUAGAUGACAUCAUCAGAAUAAUCUCUUCGGGUGCAGAUUCUGAUGUUGUAUUAGCUCAUCUUAGUAAAUUCAUUGCAAAAUAUAUUCUUAUAGCCAUUUUAGUCAAAAUUUUAUUGCGUUUGCACGAACACUGCUUGACGGUGUCGAACGAUACAUUCUUUUCAGAAUUACUGUUAUUGUUUGUAAUAAAAAAAAUAAUUUAAAAGAAAAAAGGAAGAAAGAACACUAUCGGAUUGCA